AUGUUGAUCGGAACGGCCACACUGACUGCCCUGGCAGGACGAUAUAUCCUGCUGCAGCAGGGGCAGUCGUCACAGUCGCAGCAACAGGCAGACUCCCUAUGGGCGGAACGAUGGCAUAAGUGGACAUGGUCAGGAGGGGAGCAGGCACAGGCACAGGCACAGGCACAGGCACAGGCACAGGCACAGGCCCAGAUGCAGACGCAGACGCAGACGCAUACGCAGACGCAUACGCAUACGCACGCGCAUACGCAUACGCAGAUGCAGACGCAUACGCUGCCGCGGCAGAGCAACCUUGAUCGGUACCACGACGUCAGCGAGUUCAGCUGCUUCGACGCCCGGCUGCCGAACGUGACGGUCUUCGCGACGGGGGGCACGAUAGCCGGCUCGGCCAGCAGCAGCCGCGACAUGACGGGGUACGAGAUCGGGACCCUGGGGGUGGAGACGCUGAUCGGGGCAGUGCCGGAGCUGUGCAACGUCAGCAACGUGCGGACGGUGCAGGUGUCCAACGUGGGCAGCCACAACAUCCGGAGCGACGUGCUAGUCCGGCUGUCGCGCCGGCUCCAGCGCGACCUGGACAGCCGUCACACGCAGGGCGCCGUCGUCACCCACGGCACCGACACGCUCGAGGAGACGGCCUUCUUCCUCGACCUGACCCUGUCGAGCGACAAGCCGGUGGUGGCGGUGGGCGCGAUGCGGCCGGCCACGGCCGUCAGCGCCGACGGGCCCAUGAACCUCCUGACGGCCGUGGCCCUGGCCGCGGACGAGGACGCCCGCGGCCGCGGCGUCAUGGUCGCCAUGAACGACCGCAUCGGCGCCGCCCGCUUCACGACCAAGACCAACGCCAACCGGCUCGACGCCUUCCGCGCCCCGGAGCAGGGCUACCUCGGCGUCUUCGAGAACACCACCCCGGUCUUCUUCUACCCGCCCGUCCGGCCCACCGGCCACCGGCACUUCGACCUCGGCUUCGGCGCCGACGACGGCCACGACGCCCCCGGCAAGGAGGAGACCCGCACCUUGCCAAAGGUCGACAUCCUGUACGCCCACCAGGAGCUGGACCCCCACCUGUUCCGAUCAGCCGUCGACCUCGGCGCCAGGGGCGUCGUGCUCGCCGGCGUCGGCGCCGGCUGGUGGCCCACCGCCGCCAGGUACGACGUCGACGCCCAGGCUGCCAGGUCGGGCGUCGUCGUCAUGACCAGCAGCCGGUCGCAGUCCGGCUUCGUCGACGACAGCAGCGGCGGCAUAGGCUGCGGCUUCCUGGACCCUCAGCGGUGUAGGGUUCAGCUGCAGCUCUGUCUCGAGCUGGGCAUGUCCACGGACGAGAUUCGAGAUGUGUUUCGUCAUAAGUAA